AUGUUCACGAGUAGACAUAGUGCGCUGACACCUGUCCGCAACAAUGUCCGGAGGGAGUCCGCAAAUGGCUCACCUGCAGAAGAGUCCACUACGGGUUCCCAACUCACUAGUCAGGUGGUCCGUGGCGAAGGAAAGGCCAUGGCGAGAAAGCGGCUGCAGGAGUGGGCGAUAGGAAAGGUGGAAGAAAUACUUGACUGUGAGGCUGCGGAAGUCUCUGCCAAAGGUGGCGGGUUCCAUUUGAAGGACAAGGACGCUACAUGGGAAUUUGUUCUGAAUUUUUCAAUGCAGAAAAUGAUGUCCUUGUAUGAGAGCAAGGCUCCGACCAUUGUACGCCUGCUGAUUGCUUGUGCAAUACCUUCCGAAGCACGGCCUGUGAUUUCACCAGAACGAGUAACCUCUUCAAUACCCCAUGAACAAAAUCAGAGCUCUGCUGUGAACCUGCCUGUGUCAUAUGCCGAUUAUCUAAUGCGAAAUGCCCCGUCAGGCAGAGGAAAGAACCGCAAGGACCCUCUCGUCACUGUUCUCACUGCAUGCCUUCUACUCAUGAGUGCUCGGAAUCUGCAUUCGACUGCAUUUCGUAAAGUGGUUGGAGUGUGGCUGUUCGCACACACCGCUCAUCAUGGCCUGUACUCUAUCCUCAGUCGCCUUGGAUUUAGUGUCUCUUAUACCUCUGUGCUCAAGCUACUGCGCAGGCUUGCCGUAUCUGCAAAAGAGGUUAUACAGCGAAAGUCGACUUCCCGUGCUUUCCUUCUAAUCUAUGACAACAUCAAUCGUAUGAAGCGUGCCUGGGAUCCCGAUCUGGGCCAAAAGGAUGCAAUUCACAAUGGUACUGCAGCGACGUAUGUGGAGCUUGAGGACUGUGAUGUGGAGAAGGCAUUCGACGUCAAGGCUCUGCGGGAGUCGCAGCAGCAAGAGCGGCGGAAGCAGCUUGAUCUUGGAGUACUCUACAAACGCAUCAAUUGGAUGAAAUUGAAUGCGACGAUGGCAACACACAUUCUAGCAAUCCUGAUCGAAGCAAUACCUGCUCUAUCGGUCCAUCUUCCACUCCUACGCAUUCGCUUCGAGACCACAUUGAUGAUACACCGGAUGCGCAAGGGUCGGAAGACAGGUCUAUAUCCAAUGGCAACAUCAGACUACAACGAAGGUAACACCGCGGAGAAUGCGAAGGUGUUGGAAGACCUGCUAGUGGAGCAACUGGGAAUGCCGAAGGAGGAAAUUGAGAAGAUGUUGGUUAUCAUUGGUGGAGAUCAAUCAACAGUGGAGAAGCUCCAGACGCUCAAGAGAUAUGUCACCACCUGUCCCCAUGGUUAUUCACGUCAUGGUUGGGUGCUUCCCUUGAUUCAGCUAUGGCACAUGGGUUGGGCUGAUCUCGAGCGUGUCCUUAAUACCCAUUGGGGCGUUUCUACUGCUGAUGAUCUUUCCUCAUUCCGUUCAGCAAAUGUGCUAUUGGGACGGAAGGUGAAGGAUCAGAGGCGACCAGACUACUACCCAACACAACGCCUCAUUUUCGACACAUUAAGAGCAGAGGUACUUGAUUGCUGGCGAAUUGAAUUAGAUGUUGCCGAUCUUCACGAACAUUUUCACCCCCAGGCCAGUUCAUUCGAAGACUUGUUGAAGCACGCAAACAAUAUUUUUGACCGUUACCUGACUGUUGAUGGAUACACCCAUGCACUAGACCCUAUGGAGGACCCUCAGGGUGUCUUUGCCACCGGUGAUCCCUGGGCGGCACAUGCGGAAGGAGAUACAGAGACAGGAAAUAGCGGACCUUCCUUUAGAGGUGACCAGGUGCUUGCGAACACAAUUUUACGGAUGCGAGACAGUAUGCUCCACUACGAAUUCCAGUGUGCAAUUGCGGAGGGAGAUAUAGGACGUGCAAUGAAUGUAAUGUCGGUAUGGACAUUUACCUUCGCAGGUUCUGGGAAAAGUAAGUACACCAAUGAGUUGCUUGAAUUGACCUGCAAUUUCGAGUUUGAAUACUCCGAUGAGUUGAAGAAAGCAAUCUUGAACAAUUGGCUCUGCAAUCUGUCAGGGAUCGAAGGUUGCUGGUUUCCAAUGGAUCUCAUGCAAGAGAAGAAUAUCAAGCAGCUCAAGAAGAUGUCUCAACGAGCAGACGUGACAUUUGGAGGUCCAUUCUUUCGCGAUGUCAUUGCUCUGAAUAUUCGGGCAUUCCUCGAAUCCAUGGCAUCCAUGAAGGCGGGUGUUCGCCUGUUAGACCACGGUGGCUCUCAUCGGCGCGAUCAGAAAGAAGCCGCAAUGAAGGAGCUUGCCCGACACAUUGCAGAACAGGGUUUGCAUCGCUUCCGAGUGGGUCGCACAUCGACACAUGCAGCGCAAGAUGAUUUCGAAGUUGGUUAUCAGCGUCUGGUUGACGGAAAACGCAUCAAAGACUUUGUUGCGAGAACAUUGCGAGAUGCAGGUGCAAUUCAUGGUGACGAGGAUCUUGAUACGAAUGCGGUGGCCAGUAAUCCUGACAUCACCAGUGGACGAGAGGACUCCGACAUACCAUCACUACCAAGUGUGCUCGUUAAUGGGCAGCUGAUUCACGGGGCCGCUGAACUGGAACAAGACCAUGAAGAAUACCUAUUAUGGGACAGCGAUGACAGUACGACCGAGUCGGAGUCAGGCGACGAAUCUAGUUAG